GCGUGACGUCACUUAUCACUGCGCACCCAGUGCGCGCAUUCCUGUGCGACCGAUCACGUGGUUCUGCGCCUAUAUAUGGUGCGUCUUCUAAUAAACUUAUCAGUUGCUUCUUGGUAUGCUGUCUGCUGCUCACGUUAUUACACUGGCGACGAGGAUGGGAUCCGCCCCCUUGUACUAGCUCAGUACGAAGCAGUAUUGCGGGCGAUCGGCGGUCGACAGCCAUGGACCAGAAAACAACGGCAGCCAUGGCCUGGGACGGUUGAACUCGGCGGCACUACCUUCGGCAAGAGGCAACGCAGUCGUCGGGGAAAGCAACCCGAUAAGUAUACUGCACUUUUACUGAACAAUGGCGCGACUAGGCAAGCUAGACGAGUUCGACGAGAAGGAUCAGAAUUUUGAAUCCUAUCUGGAGCGUUUUGAGCACUUCGUCACCGCAAAUGACAUCAGAGAGGAAAAGAAGCUGGCAGUAUUCUUGAGUGUGAUAGGACCACGAACGUACGAGGUGCUCAAAAGUUUGGUAGUACCCGCUGUUCCUGGGGACAAGUCCUUUGAAGAGGUCACAGUGCUGUUGAAGAAACACUAUAGCCCACAGUGCUCGGUCAUUGCCGAACGUUGCAAAUUUAACAAGCGAGCACAAGAAGAGCAGGAAAGCGUCGAGGACUUCAUAGUGGCCUUAAAACAGUUAGCAAGGAAGUGCGAUUUCGGUCAGUUUCUGCAAGACGCGCUGCGAGACAGAAUAGUGGCAGGCAUAAGACGCGAGGAAACGCAACUCGCCCUAUUUGCUGAAGAAGAUUUAACCUUCGAAAAGGCGUGUAAGAUAGCCCAGGACCGAGAGCAGGCUGCGCGACAGACAGCGUUACUUCAUGCAGAAGGCAAGGAAGCGGCUUUUUAUGCAAUGGCGAUAAGAGGAAAAGGAAGCGAAAAGAAAUCGAAGCUUCGGAAGCUCAAGGAAGCCAAGCGAGUUUGCGAAAGAUGUGGCAAGGCGCAUGCGGCUAGUGUUUGCUGGUAUAAGAACGUCCAGUGUCACAGCUGUUCUCAAAUCGGUCAUCUACAGAAGAUGUGUCCAAGUAAUCGCAGAGAACUCAAGACUGCAAACGUGGUGGACUGCUCUGAUAGUGACUCUGAAUUAGAUGUGUACCAUGUUAUCAAUACCGUGCGUUCUGGGUAUGAAGUGCAGCUAAACGUAGAAGGGCAAGACCUCUGCAUGCAGAUUGAUACGGGAGCAGCUGUAACACUAAUUCCUGAGAGUGUGAGGCUGAACGCAUUUCCUCAUGUCAAGUGCGAGCCAUCUCGAGUCACCCUAAAAACAUACACUGGGAACCUGUUCCAGUAA